UGGAGACCAGAGAUCCUUCAAGAAUUUCUGAGAACUUUAGAGUUCCUUUAGGUUCUGGGAUCUGUGAUUGGGUGUAAAAUGUUUUCAGCCCUUUGCAUCCAGUAGGAUUUAGUGACGAAGAGAAUAAUGCCAAGGAAGGGCUUGAUGGCUGGGGAGGGGGGAAAGAGAGAGAAAGGGGGGUGAGGAGGAGGAGGAGGAGGGAGACAAGAGAGAAGAAGAAGACGGGGGGGUUGAGAUGGAAAGGAGGGUGGAAUUUCAUUUCUUCCACUAAGCGUUUGCUGAGACUUCAAGGUAUAAUCUAACCCAGAUCCUUUCUCACAGAGAAAAACUUGGUGAUCACGUUUCUACAUGAUGCUCACGUUUGGUGCGCCUCAAUUAUCCCUCCUCAGAAAGAUAGGUGGCGUGUGUGUCAGGGUCUCUCCUCUAUACAACCCAGAGGAGAAAAGGCAAAAAAUGUCAUUAGGAGAAGCGUAACACGUCAGUCCGUCCCCAGGUUUGUGUUUCCUGGACUGGCAGAAAGAGAUCAGUUCUUCCUAACCUGCCCAGCAGGAAUAACGGUCCUUCCUCUACUACUACUCAUAAGGCUUUACAGUAUCUCCAGGAGCCUCACCUACUCUCAUUCUUCCAUGCUUCUUGUCCCUUUGAUUCCUCCUCCCAACUAUUUCCCAGGACUUGCAAGAGCCUGCGUGCUGCUGAUUCACAGAGCCGAGUCCAUGCGAACUGCCAUCUGAUCCCCCUCUUAUCAAUGAAGCAAGAGAUCAUGGCGGAUGGCCCCAGGUGUAAGAGGCGAAAACAAGCCAAUCCGAGGAGGAAAAACGGAGGACUUAUCUUGCACAUUGACUCAGAUGAGCAGGACAUUUGCCCUCUUCCCGAACAAGACCAAAAUAUUUGUAGGAGAAAAGAAGCAAGUCAUAGUAGUUUUGACUUAUGACAAUGUAGUAGAAACGGGUUCAGAGACUGACGAGGAGGACAAACUCCACAUUGCUGAAGAUGACAGUAUUACAACCACAUUGGACCAGGAAACAAGUCCAGCCAGCAUGCUCAACCACGAGUCUUCUCCACAUGCCAACCAAGCACUAUUGCCAAGAGAGGAAGAGGAAGAUGAAUUGAGGGAAAGUGGAAUGGACCAUAAUUGGCACAACAAUGAUAUUUUGAAAGCCUCUGUAGAUGGUUCUGAUGACAUGAAGGAGGAUUAUGACACUUUGGGGCCAGAAGCCACGCACAUAACCACUAUUAACCACGGUACAGUGAAGAAUCCAAAUUGCACUUCAGAUUUCGAGGAAUAUUUUGUUAAAAGGAAAAUGGAUGAUGGAGACAGCAAUGGAGUCAGCAUAGCAGAGUACUUGCAGCGGAGUGAUACAGCUAUCAUUUACCCAGAAGCCCCUGAAGAACUGUGCCGCCUGGGGACACCAGAGGUCAACGGACACGAGGAAAAUGACCUGCCACCUGGAACUCCAGAUGCUUUUGCCCAGCUGCUGACCUGUCCCUACUGCGACCGGGGCUACAAGCGUUUGACAUCGCUGAAAGAGCACAUCAAAUACCGCCACGAGAAGAACGAGGAGAACUUUUCGUGCCCUCUGUGCAGCUACACGUUUGCCUACCGCACCCAGCUUGAACGGCAUAUGGUGACUCACAAGCCAGGCAGAGAUCAGCACCAAAUGUUGACCCAAGGUGCUGGCAAUCGCAAGUUCAAAUGCACAGAGUGUGGUAAAGCUUUCAAAUAUAAACACCAUCUGAAGGAGCACCUGCGAAUUCACAGUGGUGAGAAGCCCUAUGAGUGCCCAAACUGCAAGAAACGUUUCUCCCACUCAGGUUCAUACAGUUCCCACAUAAGUAGCAAAAAAUGCAUUGGCCUAAUAUCGGUAAAUGGCAGAAUGAGAAACAACAUGAAGACAGGUUCUUCCCCCAAUUCAGUAUCUUCCUCCCCCACCAAUACAGCCAUAACGCAACUACGGCAUAAGUUGGAGAACGGCAAACCACUGAGUAUGUCUGAACCAUCAGGCUUACUGAAAAUCAAAACAGAAUCAUUAGAUUACAACGAUUAUAAACUAUUUUUGGCAGCCUCACAUGCAUUUAAUGGGCCUCAUCCAUUCAUGAAUGGUGGUCUUGGUGCAACCAGCCCACUGGGAAUCCAUUCCUCAGCUCCAAGUCCAAUGCAGCACUUAGGUGUAGGGAUGGAAUCAUCACUACUUGGAUACUCUUCCAUUAACAGUAAUUUAAGUGAGGUGCAGAAAGUUCUAGAAAUUGUGGACAAUACAGUUUCUAGGCAGAAAAUGGAAUUCAAGCCUGAAGAAAUUACAAAGCUGAAGGGCUAUAAUAUGAAGGAUGCAGGACCUCAACCAGAGGAUCAAGGAGUUACGUCUCCUGGUAUCCCUCCAGUAGGUCUUCCAGUAGUUAGUCAUAAUGGUGCCACUAAAAGUAUUAUUGACUAUACUUUAGAGAAGGUUAAUGAAGCCAAAGCAUGUUUGCAGAGUUUGACGACAGAUUCAAGGAGGCAGAUUAGUAAUAUAAAGAAAGAGAAGUUACGUACGUUGAUAGAUCUUGUAAGUGAAGAGAAGAUGUUAGAAAGCCAUAAUAUAUCCACUCCAUUUUCUUGCCAGUUUUGUAAGGAAAGUUUUCCUGGUCCAAUUCCAUUGCAUCAACAUGAAAGAUACUUAUGUAAGAUGAAUGAAGAAAUUAAAGCAGUUCUCCAGCCCAACGAAAAUAUAAUUCUCAACAAACAUGGGGUGUUUGCUGAGAAACAAGCACUCCUAUUGUCAUCUGUACUUUCUGAGAAAGGAAUGACAAGCCCCAUAAACCCAUACAAGGACCACAUGUCUGUACUAAAAGCAUAUUAUGCUAUGAAUAUGGAGCCCAACUCUGAUGAACUACUGAAAAUUUCCAUAGCUGUCGGCCUUCCUCAGGAAUUUGUGAAGGAAUGGUUUGAACAAAGAAAAGUUUACCAAUAUACAAAUUCCAGGUCACCGUCUUUGGAAAGGACCAGUGCAGAGGUGGUUCUGGCUACCACCCUAAAUACUCCCACUAAAGACGCCAGAUCUCCAAUAAAAUCUGCAGACUCUAUAACUUCACCAUCUAUAGCAGAACUUCAUAACCGGGUAUCAAAUUGUGAUACACCUCUCAGGCUAACAAAAUCUAAUCAUUUUGCUAGUAUGAAACCAGUUGUUGAUAAAUUGGACCACUCCAGGAGCAACACUCCUUCUCCUUUAAACCUUUCUUCCACAUCUUCUAAAAACUCCCAUAGCAGUUCUUACACUCCAAACAGUUUCUCGUCAGAGGAACUUCAAGCUGAGCCCUUGGAUUUAACAGUACCAAAACUAAUGAAGGAAUCCAAAACUAUUAUUACCACAAAGAACAAAUCUAAGCCCAAUAACAUCCCAAUUGACCACAACAGUGUUCCUUUAUCAUCAGAAAUUGUAGAUGAGCCACUGAAUUUAACAUACAUCAAGAAGGAAUUUUGUAAUGUUAAUAUGGACAAAAGCACUAACCCACUAUUUGGUCUAAACCCAUUUAGUGGGAAACCUAUGUAUACAGCGCUUCCUCCACAGAGCGCAUUCCCACCAGCCACAUUUAUGCCCCCAGUACAGACAGGAAUUCCUGGACUACGAUCUUACCCUGGACUUGAUCAGAUGAGCUUCCUACCACACAUGGCCUAUACUUAUCCAACUGGAGCUGCCACGUUUGCAGAUAUGCAGCAAAGGAGAAAGUAUCAGCGCAAACAAGGAUUUCAGGUAUUCCUAGACAUACCUCGGAAGCAAAGAAAAAUGGUGGCACCACGCUCCCCAGCCAAGUUUGCUUUUAUAGAAGAGAUGCAGUGGCCCCUGGGUGACUUGCUCGAUGGUACAAUGGAUUACAUGUCAGGUCUCGAUGAUAUGACAGAUUCUGACUCUUGUCUGUCCCGGAAAAAGAUUAAGAAGACAGAAAGUGGCAUGUACGCUUGUGACUUAUGUGAUAAGACAUUCCAGAAAAGCAGCUCUCUUCUGAGACACAAAUAUGAACAUACAGGAAAAAGGCCACACCAAUGUCAAAUCUGUAAAAAAGCAUUCAAACACAAACACCAUUUAAUAGAACAUUCGCGACUGCACUCUGGCGAGAAGCCGUACCAAUGUGACAAAUGUGGCAAACGCUUCUCGCAUUCUGGUUCUUACUCACAGCACAUGAAUCAUAGGUAUUCCUACUGUAAGAGGGAGGCAGAGGAAAGGGAAGCUGCAGAGAGGGAAGCACGUGAGAAGGGACAUUUGGAACCCACGGAGCUACUGAUGAAUAGAGCGUAUUUGCAAAGUAUAACUCCUCAGGGCUAUUCUGACUCAGAGGAAAGAGAAGGUAUGCCAAGAGACAGAGGAAGAGAAUUGGAGCAUGAAAAGGAAGGGGAAGACGUUUAUGACAAAUUGAGGAGACAAGUUGGUGACGAGGAGUUUGAGGAAGAGGAAGAAGAGAGUGAAAAUAAAAGUAUGGACACAGAUCCGGACACAAUUAGAGAUGAAGAAGAAAAUGGUGACCAUUCAAUGGACGAUAGUUCGGAAGAUGGCAAAAUGGAAACCAAAUCAGAUCAUGAAGAAGAGAUAAUGGAGGAUGGCAUGUAAUUAACUACUGCAUUUAAAGCUUCCUAUGUUUCCAGUAGUAUUGUUACUUGCUUGAAAACACUGCUGUGUUAAGCUGUUUAUGCACGUGCCUGAUGCUUCCAGGAAGCCUGUAUAGAUGAACUGAAGGGGGCAGUUCUGACAAAAGUCAAAUAAAGUUUGAGUUGGUUAUUGUGAAGAACUGCAUUAUGCAAAAUUUUUGUACAGUAUUAAGGCCUAAAAACUGUGUGGUUCAAGAGACUAAACCCUGUGUUUAAUAGCAUUUAUACUUUAAGCACAAAAAAAAUAGUUAAUUGUACGAAUUGCACUCUACUUAUAUAUCACUACAAACUUAAAAAAAGAAGAUAUUUCUAAUUUAUAUUAAUACAUUUUUUAAAAGAAUAAAAAGUGCCCGCACUGUUGUACACCAGUGUUUCUAUUCCA